UGGUUUGUUUGACAGAUAAACGUCAUGUUUUUGUUAUUUUGUUCUUCGCAUCUUCGCUCAUCAGUGCUCAUCAGUGAUUUGUUGAAAUCUUGUGAAACCAGACGCUUUUACGUGAAUUAUUACUAUAUAAAACGAUAACAUUAUUUAAAUAAAAUGAAGGCAAAAUCAGGUCUUACAAGGCUUAGCGACUGCUACAUUCUCCGUAACAAUAAAAUAAUAAAAGAAGACUUGUGGAUAAGAGAUGGAAAAAUUGUUAAUCCUGAACAGGUAUUUUAUAUAGAACAAGUUGAAGCAGAUGUAACUGUCAACUGUGAAAAUUCACUCAUAACACCCGGUUUUAUAGAUAUUCAAAACAAUGGUGGAUGGGGUGUUGAUUUCUCAUAUGAUUCCGAAGAUGUUGAGGAAGGUGUUCGAAAAGUUGCAAAAGAAUUAUUGGCACAUGGAGUUACAUCAUUUUGCCCAACUAUGGUCACAUCAGACAAGGAAAAGUAUCAAAAAAUUCUGCCCAGAAUACAAAAACACCAAGGAGGUAAACAUGGAGCAACAAUUCUAGGGGUUCAUCUCGAAGGGCCAUUUAUUAGUUUAGCAAAGAAAGGUGCUCACAGAGAUGAAUAUAUUAAAAAUCCAGAAAAGGGACUCAAAUCAAUCUAUGAGGUAUACGGAUCUCUUGACAAUGUGAUUAUAGUGACAUUAGCACCAGAACUGCCAGGUGCAUUGGAAGCAAUUAAAGAAUUAACAAACCUUGGUAUUAAAGUUGCUCUUGGGCAUUCAUCUGCUAGUCUUGCACAAGGUGAAGAGGGGAUUAAAAGUGGUGCUAAUUUAAUUACACACCUCUUUAAUGCUAUGUUACCCUUCCAUCACCGUGAUCCUGGUUUAGUAGGUUUGUUGGCUUCAACCAGCGAGAAACAAGUUUAUUACGGAAUUAUAUCGGAUGGUAUACACACUCACCCAGCAGCAUUAAGAAUAGCCUGUAGAACUAAUCCUGACGGAUUAAUACUAGUGAGCGAUGCUGUCGCUGCCCAAGGCUUAGCAGACGGAAACUAUCGGAUUGGGCCACAAUCGGUGAACGUUGAAAACGGUCGCGCUUAUGUCACUGGAACGAAAGUGCUUUGCGGCAGCACCAGUGCACUCGAUGAAUGUGUUAAAACACUAAAAGAAGCUACAGGUUGCUCAAUUGAAUAUGCCUUAGAGGCAGCAUCUCUCCAUCCAGCUAAAGCUUUAGGCAUUGACCACGUUAAAGGAAAUUUAAGCUAUGGAUCAGAUGCAGACUUUGUCAUUAUGCAUCCCAAAUCAAUGAAAGUGCUGUCUACUUGGAUUGCGGGAGAAUGCGUUUAUAAGAGUUCCUAAUGUGGUGCAGAAUUACUUUAAGUUACCUUAUUAAUGUGAUAUUAUGAUGCACAAAGUGCUUUUAAAUAUAUUAACACGAAUUACUGGAAUAAACUUAUUAUUAUAUAA